CAACGGUUGGCCAGCCCGCCACACUUACGUGCACCGAGCUUGCGCGGGGCGGGAGAGAGCGAAAUUCAAGCUCCAGCGGAGAUACCUGGAGUCUAUCCGAGGGUCAUGGAGCCCUCCCGAGGUUUGGCGGGAGCGGAGACCUUGAGCCCAGAGCAGGCUACCCGUUAUCUGAGAUACGUGAAAGAGGCCAAAGAAGCAACUAAAAAUGGAGAUCUGGAAGAAGCAUUUAAGCUUUUCAAUUUGGCAAAGGACAUUUUUCCCAAUAAAAAGGUGAUGAGCAGAAUCCAAAAACUACAGGAAGCCUUGGAGGAGUUGGCAGAACAUGAAGAUGAUGAAUUUACAGAUGUGUGCAACUCUGGUCUGAUGCUUUAUCGAGAGUUGUACAACCAACUCUUUGAGCACCAAAAGGAAGGUGUAGCUUUCCUCUAUAGCCUAUACAGGGAUGAAAGGAAAGGGGGUAUCUUGGCAGAUGAUAUGGGACUGGGGAAGACUGUUCAAAUUAUUGCUUUCCUUUCUGCUAUGUUUGAUGCUUCACUUGUGAAUCAUGUGCUAUUGAUCAUGCCAACCAAUCUCAUUAACACAUGGGUAAAAGAAUUUGCCAAGUGGACUCCAGGAAUGAGAGUCAAAACUUUUCAUGGCCCUAGCAAGGAUGUACGCACCAGAAGCCUCAAUAGGAUUCAGGAAAGGAAUGGUGUCAUAAUCACUACAUACCAAAUGUUAAUCAAUAAUUGGCAGCAGCUUUCAAGCUUUAAUGGCCAAAAGUUUGUGUGGGACUAUGUCAUCCUUGAUGAAGCACAUAAAAUAAAAAGUUCAUCUACUAAGUCAGCAAUAUGUGCUCGUGCUGUCCCUGCACAUAAUCGCCUUCUCCUUACAGGAACUCCAAUCCAAAACAAUUUACAAGAACUGUGGUCUCUAUUUGAUUUUGCAUGCCAAGGGUCCCUACUAGGAACAUUAAAAACAUUUAAAAUGGAGUAUGAAAAUCCUAUUAUUAGAGCAAGAGAAAAGGAUGCUACCCCGGGAGAAAAAGCCUUGGGAUUUAAAAUAUCUGAAAACUUAAUGGCAAUUAUAAAACCCUAUUUUCUCAGGAGGACUAAAGAAGAAGUACAGAAAAAAAGGCCAAGCAACCCAGAGGUCAGACUUGGUGAGAAGAAUCCAAGUGUUGAUGCCAUCUGUGAAAUGCCUUCCCUUUCCAGGAAAAAUGAUUUAAUCAUUUGGAUACGUCUUGUACCUUUACAAGAAGAAAUAUACAGGAAAUUUGUGUCUUUAGAUCACAUCAAGGAGUUGUUAACAGAGACACGCUCACCUUUGGCUGAGCUAGGUAUCCUAAAGAAGCUGUGUGAUCAUCCUAGGCUUCUGUCUGCACGGGCUAGUCGUUUGCUCAAUCUAGGGAAUGUCAAAUUUUCUGUUCAAGAUGGCAAUGAGGAAGAAGAUUCCUCAGAUGUGGAACACAUUCAUCAUUUAACUGAUGAUACAUUGAUGCAAGAAUCCGGAAAAAUGAUAUUCUUAAUGGACCUUCUGAAGAGACUGCGAGAUGAAGGGCAUCAAACUCUGGUAUUUUCCCAGUCAAGACAAAUUUUAAACAUCAUUGAACGCCUCUUAAAGAAUGUGCACUUUAAGACAUUGCGUAUUGAUGGUACAGUUACUCAUCUUUUGGAACGAGAAAAAAGAAUUAACCUCUUCCAGCAAAAUAAAGAUUACUCUGUUUUUCUACUUACCACUCAAGUAGGUGGUGUUGGCUUAACAUUAACUGCAGCUACUAGAGUGGUCAUUUUUGAUCCAAGCUGGAACCCUGCAACUGAUGCUCAAGCUGUGGAUAGAGUUUACCGAAUUGGACAAAAAGAAAAUAUUGUGGUUUAUAGGUUAAUCACUUGUGGGACUGUAGAGGAAAAAAUAUACAGACGACAGGUUUUCAAGGACUCAUUGAUUAGACAAACAACUGGUGAUAAGAAGAACCCAUUCCGCUAUUUCAGUAAACAAGAAUUAAGAGAGCUCUUUAAGAUUGAGGAUUUUCAGAACUCUGCAACCCAGCUGCAGCUUCAGUUUCUGCAUGCUGCUCAGAGGAGAUCUGAUAAGAAACUAGAUGAACAUAUUGCCUACCUGCACACUCUGGGGAUAGCUGGAAUCUCAGACCAUGAUUUGAUGUACACAUGUGACCUGUCUGAUAAAGAGGUGUUCGAUGUGAUAGAAGAAUCUCAGUAUAUUCAACAAAGAGUUCAGAAAGCUCAAUUCCUUGUUGAAUUUGAGUCUCAAAAUAUGAUGGAACAACAAAAAACUGGAAAUGAGGAGACUUGGGUAAGAGCACCUGUGUUUCCUUCUCAAACAAAGAAGAAAUGCCCUGAAUUGAACAAACCACAGCUUAGGGCUUCUCUUCUAACUAUUCAUUCUACCCAGGAAGAAGAUAUCAGUUUUCAAAUGGAGAAUAUAAGCAUUAAUGAUCAGUCCAAAGAGAGUGAGCCACAAGAUCUUUCCAGUGUAAAGAUGAAUGUUACCAUGCUGCAAGAUAAUAUGAACCCACAUGAAAGUACAUUUGAUGCUGACUCUGCAGUUACAUUACCCGAAGAGUUGGGAAGUGUUGAAGGAACUUGUACUGACUCACUGGGAACAGCAAAAAACAUUGCAACAGAAAAUGAGGCUCUGCAAAAGGAUGCAUCACAAGAGGGGCCUAAGCAAGAGGCACUGCAAGAGAGCCCCCUGGGAAGUUUUAAUUAUUUACUUAGCCAACCCAUCAUAGCUGAUCUUGAGCCAAAUCUAGUUCUACAGGAUGAUGAGAUUUUACAUGACUGUAAUCCCUGGCCCAUAACAAAUGAAAAUAAAAAUGCAGAAUCAAAUGCAUCUGUUAUUGAAAUAUCUGAUGACUCGGUGGCAUCCAGUAGUGCACUGCAGAAUACUCAAGGAAAUGAGGCCAAGUCAGAAGAGGAACCUUUAUCAUCUACAUCACAAUAUGCAUGUGAUUUCAAUCUUUUUCUGGAAGACUCUGGAGACAAUAGACAGAAUAGUCAGUCUUUGGAGCACGUUGGGAAAGAAAAUAGCUCGUGUGGCUCUGUAGUUAAUUCCAGAGCAGGGUCUGUGGAUAGCAGUUUGGAUCAUUCUAAUAAGAAAGAUGAUGAAGCAGAAGAAGUAGUAGUUAAUGUUAAAUCCAGAAGCAAAGCUAGAAGGAUUGUUUCAGAGGAUGAGGAUGAGGAUGAUUGUUUUGAAGGUACUUCAAACAUGAGUCCAUUCAGCACAUCUCCCUUUCAAUUUUCAUCUGUGAAACAAUUUGAUGCUUCAACUCCCAAAAAUGACACCAGUCUAUCUGGAAGAUUUUUUUCACCUAAAAUACCUGAUAGUGUAAAUAAGUCUAUAAACUCAAGGAGAUCCCUGGCCUCUAGGAGGUCUCUGAUUAAUGUGGUUGUAGACCAUGUGGAAGAUAUGGAGGAAAGAUUUGACAGCAGCAGUGAAACAGACGGUGCUGAAGAUGAUCUGGAAGAAGAAAGUGACGAAUCCUCAGAGCAUAGAGAAGAGGGUCCUAGAGAAAUGCUGUCUUCAGAAAAUAUGUUCAUUGGGCUAACUGUGUCCAAACCACUAGACACUAGCUCACAGACCUCUACUGGUGUCCCCAAGCCUUUGUCAGAUGAAGUGCUGGUUGAUUUGCCCCAGGACAAGUCAGUGGAGGCUGCAGAUGACUAUGAGACUCUUAUAGCUCGUGGAAAAGAACUAAAAGAAUGUGGAAAAAUACAGGAGGCCCUAAACUGCUUUGUUAAAGCACUUGAUAUAAAGAGUGCAGAUCCUGAAGUCAUGCUGAUGACUUUGGGUUUGUACAAGCAACUUAAUAACACUUGAGAAUGUCAUAACCUGUCAAAAUGAAAGUGAAUAUAAGAAAAUUUUGUUGUUCCAUCAUUGGGUUCUUUGGGAGCAUGAAGCGUUUAUGCUUAAGAAAAAUCUCAAGCAACUUUUGCUUCUACUCCCUGGUUUGCUCUUAUAUUCUGGUUUCUGAGCAUGAAUUUAAUAUUUCCUCACUUGAGUAUUGUUUUAUUUUUAUUUUAGGCAUCUACAAAUUUUACUGUUUGUGUUGUUUUUUGUUUUAUUAAUUGAAACUUUCUAGAGAAGUUUUGCAAAACUAUUCUAGCUACUUUAUUCUGAAAGGGAUCACCUUUGUAUAUUAGUUCAGAUAAGAAAAUUAAAAUGGUUUUUU